AUGGUUUUCAAAUAUAAGCGAAUAUCUUCCAGGGGAGAUUCAUGGAGUGAGCAGACAAUGUCUUUAGCAUUAAAUGACUUAAAGCAAGGGAAGAUAUCUAUUAGGGGGGCUUCAAAAAAAUAUGGAAUUCCCUAUUCUACUCUGGCCGACCACAAAAAAUUAAAUACUUCAAAAAAGAAGUUAGGAAGAUAUUCUAAAGUUUUUUCCGAGGCAGAAGAAAAAGAGCUUGUUGAAUAUCUGAAAGAAUUAGAUAAGCGAUUCUAUGGUUUAACCAAGAGAGAUUUUUGUAAAUUAGCUUACCAGUAUGCGGAGGAAAAACAUAUUCACCAUCCAUUUACGAAUAAUGAAGCGGGUGAGCAGUGGUACGCUAAUUUUAUGCUGCGACAUCAAGAGUUAAGUUUAAGAACUCCAGAACCUACUAGCGUCGCACGGGCUUGCGGAUUCAACAGAGUUCAGGUCGAAAUUUUCUUUAAAAAUCUGUCUCAAAUUCUGGAAAAGCAUCAUAUUACUACGGACAAUAUAUAUAAUGUCGAUGAGACGGGGAUCCAGACGUCAGCUAAAAAACCACCAAAAGUUUUAUCCGUGAGAGGCAAGAAGCAAGUUGGGUCAAUUUCGUCAUCUGAACGUGGUACCCUGAUAACGUCGUUAUUUUGUUGUUCAGCAACCGGAAAAUUUAUUUCUCCAACUUUAGUAUUUCCUCGAAAGAAGAAAAAUCCCCGUUAUCUUGAAGGAACCCCUCCAGAAACAUUAAUGUUAGUAACGGACAAUGGCUGGAUUAAUUCUGAUGUUUUUUUUAGAAUGGCUGAAGUUUUUUGUGGCGAGUGUAAGACCGACGGAACAGCAUAA